AUUGCAGUUGGAACUGCUAGAGGCUUACUUUACUUGCAUAAGAGUUGUCCAAGAAGAAUAAUUCAUAGAGAUAUUAAGGCUUCAAAUGUUUUAUUAACAGCUGAUUUUGAACCCCAGAUAUCUGAUUUUGGGUUGGCUAAGUGGCUUCCAUCACAAUGGACUCAUCACUCAAUUGUUCCUAUAGAAGGAACAUUUGGACAUUUAGCGCCGGAGUACUUUAUGCAUGGUGUCGUAGACGAGAAGACAGAUGUGUUUGCUUUCGGAGUCCUUUUACUUGAGCUUAUUUCCGGAAAGAAACCAGUAGAUGGUUCUCAUCAGAGCUUACAUAGCUGGGCAAAACCAAUAUUAGACAUAGGAGAAUUCAAAAAGUUAAUUGACCCGAGGCUUGGAAAUGAAUACGAUGCAACACAGCUUAGUCGACUUGCAUUUGCAGCAUCUCUCUGCAUUCGAGCUUCUCCUAUUUGGCGCCCGUCCAUGAGUGAGGUAUUGGAUGUAAUCUUAAUGGAAGAAGAAAUUGAAAAGGAAAAGUGGAAAAUGCCUGAGAAAGAAGAAUAUCAGGAAGACUUUUGGGAUUUUGAGGAUCUUGAAUGUGAAUAUGAUAGUUCCUGCUCAACCUCCUUGCACGAAAUAAUUUCAACCACCAGUUCUUAGAACCCGAAAAACGGUUUUUUUUUUUUUUUUGAUAUAUAUAAUAUAUUUUAUAUGUAGAUUACAAACAUAUUUUAUGUAACUCUACAAGUACUUGUAUAUAUAAUUUUUGUAAAAAAAAUAAGUUCUAUCUCGACUAUUA